CCUGUUAAUGCUCGCCAUCUUCUGACAUGACAAUGAAAUAAAUGUCCACCUCUGAUAUACUGGAAGCCGCUGUGUGAACCCUGCCAAUAGGCGAUUGAAGGCGAUCGAAGUGUGCAUUCGGCAAAAUAAAGUUUCCAUUUGACAUGAAUGUUGCAACCAAUCAUUACUGGAAUUACCUCACGGCACUACACAAUGACUAUGUGAACGCUCAUCAACUAAUACAAGCAGUCCAACAACAGAUGCAAUCUCACCUCUUGACUGGACAAAUGUUGGAAAGACGUCAGCAUCGAAGAAUGAUGGAUCCAUUGCGACCCUAUCCACAAUUUUACAGUGAUUGUCACAGCGAAGGUGAUGAAAACGACGACCCGUUUAACAAUCUACCAAGUCCUCAAAUGGAAGACCUUAUUUCAAUGGACUUCAGCGAUUUGUUUCAACCCGAAAACCAAACUGAUAGCUAUGAAGAGCUAAAGCAGAUAAUGGAGCAAGUUCGCCGCGAAUCAACAGAUUGUCUUUUUGAAAGUGAGGUGACACCUGUUAACAUGCGGAACACAACUGAAGAGAAUCAAUUUCAAACAGAAAGCAAGGUCCGCUUGUACGAGUUUGUUUUGCAACUGCUGAACGAAGAGUCCACAGACUGUGUUAGAUGGCUGUGUCCCAAAGAAGGAGAGUUUGAAAUAACCAACUCAAGCAAAAUUGCAUCAUUGUGGGGAAAGGUGAAGAAGAAUCCCAACAUGACAUAUGAGAAAUUUGCUCGAGCUUUGAGACAUUACUACAAACUUGGUAUACUGAUAAACUACAAACACAAAGAAAAACUGCGGUACAAAUUUUCGAAGGAGAUUUUACUAAAGAAUAAAGUUGGUCAGUGAUUGUUUUUUGUAAUGAAAAUUACGGAAAUAUUUUUUGAGAAAAUGAAAAGACAGCUGUGCUGUUUUUUUGACUGUUUAUUUUUGUAAAAUAGUCUUGCAUGUAGAUAUAUAUAUAUAUAUAUACAAUUGUUUAUGGCAGCAGAUAAUUUAAGGUAGUAUUUUUUGUAUUAAAAAUUGACUAAAAAGAAAUGAAAUAAAACUCUUUGUUCAACAAA